GCAAUGUACAUGUUCUACGCCCUGGCAAUUGUGUGUGACAGCUGCUUUGUUCCAUCUCUGGAAAAGAUUUGCAAGCACCUGCACCUGAGUGAAGACGUGGCCGGCGCUACCUUCAUGGCGGCUGGGAGUUCGGCCCCUGAGCUUUUCACCUCUCUGAUUGGGGUGUUCAUCGCAAAGAGUGAUGUGGGAGUGGGAACCAUCGUGGGCUCAGCUGUCUUCAACAUUCUCUGCAUCAUCGGCCUCUGUGGACUCUUUGCAGCACACGACGUGGCCCUGACUUGGUGGUCUCUGUUCCGAGAUUCUGUCUCCUACAUCAUCUCAGUACUUGCUCUCAUUCUGGUGAUCCACGAUGAGAAGGUGUACUGGUUUGUGCGUCUGGUUCCCAGUUUUACUGAGGAAGUAGUGGUUGGAUGGAUGGAUAGAGCUGAAAACCAGCAAAAGACUACAUUUGCUCAGCUCUGGGAUUAUUUGUGA